AUGAAUGGCGGAAGAUCUCCCCGUCUCAUAUUACCAAGACAAAAUACACGUCGGCCGCUAAGAGCUUGUGCGGAGUGCUAUCGGCGGAAACUGAAAUGUAACCGAAAUCAGCCCUGUUCGAACUGCGUUCGUGGAAGCGUCGCUUGUUUAUACACUGAUGAGCCGAUUCGUCGAGAUCGAAAAUCUAAAUGUCGUGAUUCAAAGCUCGCGGAAAGAGUCGCUGACCUUGAACGUCUACUCGGCUCACGCGAUGAUCAAAGUUCUGUGAGAAAUUUACCAGCUGAGGCUGAAGACUCAGCCGAUGAUGAAUCAAGGCGUUUUCAACAGCGCCCAGGCCGUUUAUUAGUCAACGAACCUGGAAAAAGUCGCUUUGUGAUGAAAACAUUCUGGGCAGAGCUUCCAGCAAAGCUUGAAAAGCCCAAUUCCAGCUCAGGAUAUACUUUAGCGUACGCGCUUGACUUAAUCCCUCAAGAAAACCUCUCUUACGGGACUUUUCUUUUCCCGUAUGCGAUACCGAAAACUCAGACGGCGGCCGCGAAUCCUCACCUUGGCCAGAUACUGCGAUUGUGGAAGAUAUACCUGCAAAACGUCGACCCCCUCAUUAGGGUUCUUCACAAACCUACCAUUGAACAAAACAUAACUGAUCUAUCACUAUGGGAGGGCAGUCUUGGCUCCGAGACGCGCGCCUUACUACUAGCAAUUUGUUACAGUGCAGUAUCUUCUCUUUCAUCGUCUCAAGCUAGAGUCGAAUUUGCGUUCGACGUCCAAAGCUAUAUUACCUCUUUUAGAACAGCGGUUGAGAAGGCUUUGACCGACGCUCAAGUGCUUCAAACUCAUGACCUGCGGGUUCUCCAGGCGUUUGUUAUCUAUUUGGUAAGACUUUUGAACAAAGUUAUUGUCCCGAGAGAAAUAAGUAAUAUUUACCGAUCUCCAUCUAGACCUGCGUACCUAGAAAUGAAGCCCGUAACAUUGGAAUCCUUGUUUCUCUAG